AUGUCGGACCGGUCAAUGUCACGCCCCCGACUCUACAAGGACACACCAGGACCGCCUGCAGCAUGGCAGAAGCGGAGGGCGGUGAGCCUUCCCCGGUCCCAGCCGGAGCACAGUGAGGGCCAAGACUGGGACUCAGGAUCACAACACUCAUGGCGCGAGCGCUCCAGGGAUUGGACUUGGAAGACCGGAGGCUGGGAUGAGCAGAACGACAGCCAGGGUCAAGACUGGAACUACUCCGUCACAGGCUUGAUGGGGAGGUGGACGAAGACGGUCGGUGCCGACUGGGGCUGGGACAAGCCGCAGCGCGGCGACUGGAGCAGUUGGCGAGACUCAGGCAGCGGCUACAAGAGUUGGGGUGCGACCUAUAACGCCAGCGAGGCGUCAGGUCAGAAACGGAAGCUGGAACCCUACAACGAGGAAGCCGCCGGCACCGGCGUGGUGCUGCAGGUGGUGGACGGAGUGCCCGUCGUGUCCCUCGAGCGGGGAUCGGACUUGGAUUCGAACGCCGCGCCCCUCCUGCAAGCCGCACUGGAGAACCAUGCUCGGGCGGAGAGCCUCUACGAGCAAUGUGACAGUCUACCAGAGGCCAAGAACAUUGCGCAUGCAGCGCGGCGGAAGGGCAUUGUGAAGAAGGUCGCCGACAUCGGCAUCGCCAGGGCGCGGUCAACAGAGCACCCGGACUGCUUCGCGGCGGGGCUGCAGGGGAAGCGCUCCAUCAUGUUCGCCGUGGCCCUUGCCCUUUGCAGCCGAGAUGCAGUUUGCCUCCGGCGGUGUCUCAAGUUCCUGCAGCCGCUUCAGCUUGUUGACAGCUUUGGCAGGUUGAUGACGGAAUCUGGUUUGCUGAAUCCCGAGGAGUUGAAGAGUGCCAGCCGCUAG